AGUAAGUCAACAUGCUCUUGCUGAAAGAUUGGUGUUGAUUGGUCGGUCGGGCGGACGUACGGGCACGCUCUGGAGCAUCUGCCGUCAUCAGACGUGCUUCGGGGGGUGGGGGGGACGCUUUGCUGACUCAACGGGCUGAUCCCUCCACAUUCUCCCCACCCCACUGCACUCCCCGCCUCCCGCUCGCCACCGCCACUUGGCCACAUCAGAUGCACGCUGCAGAUUCCACUGCUGAGAUGAGAUAAGCGUCCUGCUCGUGCUGCAGGAGAAGAAGGACAGAAGAGGAGGGUUGGAGAAAUCGCCGGAUUUAAGGGAUUAUUUUUAUAUUUUUGCUGCACCCCCACCCCACCCCACAAAAAAAAAAAGAAAGAAAGAAAGAAAACGGUGGAUUCCGAUCUCCAGAGGUGAUGUGAGGAGCCGGACUAGAGCGAGACGAGGGUGGAAUCCGCAGAGGAGCUGUCCGUCCGUCGUGGUGCUGAUGCGGCUGUGAGGCGAGCAUGGCUGCCGGGAAGUUGCUGCUCUACGCCGGGCUCGCUCUGUCUCUCUGCGCCUUGGGCAUGCUGGCCGUGGCGAUGUGCUCCGACCACUGGUACGAGACCGACGCCAGGCGCUACAAGGAGCGUUGCCAGAGCUUCUCGAGCCGCCGCAAGGACCCGGGCUUCAUCUACAUCCCUAACAACAGUCUGCCGCUGCGGGCCGGCCGGAGCGUUGCGACCCGCUGGGGUGACAAGCUGCUCCUGGCCCGCAACCGGCGGCAGCUGUUCGCCAUGAGCGCCGCCGACGAAUGCAACAGGCAGUAUAACUCCACCAACAUGGGGCUGUGGAGGAAAUGUCACCGGCUGGGGUUCGACCAGGGGAUCGAAGAUCUCAUUCGAAAAGGUUCCAUUGCGAGAUGCUCCUACAUCAAGUACCACUACUCCUCGGGCACAAUACCCAAAAACCUCUCCUACAACAUUACCAAGACAAUAAGGCAGGAUGAGUGGCACUCCCUCCAUUUGCGGCGUAUGACGGCAGGGUUCAUGGGCAUGGCGGUGGCCAUCAUCUUGUUCGGCUGGAUCAUCGGCGUGCUCGGUUGCUGCUGGGACCGAGGACUCAUGCAGUAUGUGGCUGGUCUACUUUUCCUGAUGGGAGGCACCUUCUGCAUCAUCUCCCUGUGCACCUGCGUCGCCGGCAUCAACUUUGAGCUCUCGCGCUACCCGCGCUACCUGUACGGCCUGCCCGACGACAUCGGUCACGGUUACGGCUGGUCCAUGUUCUGCGCCUGGGGAGGUCUGGGCUUGACCCUCAUCGCCGGUUUCUUUUGCACGCUGGCGCCCUCCGUGCAGCCCAUACCGAGGUCCACCUGCCCCAAGUCCCGGCAGGAGAACGGCACCGUGUGCUAAAGCGGCCCUAAAACCUCCCCCGACGCAUUCAAAAGAACCACUUUUCCAUCCAUCGACCGAUCAACGCUCUCUCCUGGUCACUGUUUGUUUGUUUUUUUUCUGUGUUUGAAAAAAAAAAAAUGGAUGUUUUAAGAUCUGCUAUAUUGAAAAAAAUACGAGAGAAAAAAAAAGCCAGAAAUAUUAUCAGAAAAUAUCGAGUUGUGCGUGUUUCAUUGUUGUGGAGCUGCUACUGAAUUUGAAAAGGACACAAUGUUGGCUAAAGAAGGAAUUAUUUUUGAACUGUGACUAUGGAAUCACUUCCAAAAGCAAACAUUUCUCAUGGAUUUGGCCUCUUGGGAUCUUUAAGGAAUGGACCUGCUGGAAUAAACUACCGGUAUUCAACUACUGAAGUCACUUUGGGAUAUAUGGACCCACGCCGAUGUAUUAUACUGUACAGAAUAUUCCAGAGACAGCCAGGAAGUCAUUCCAUCCUCUUUAGACGCAUCUAUGACGAUACCAUAGCUACCAUUUUAUACAUCGUUUUCCAUUUAAACGAAGCCAUUCACAUUGUGAACGAACUGAGCAAAUGUGCGUUACGAGUUUUGUUCCCAUUCUAGUCAUUAGAAGUAAAUGUAUGUAUGUUUGAAGCGUGUUUGUGUGUGCGGUGGGGAAUUUUUCGACAAGUCGUCGCGGAGGGGGGGGAAAUUGUAAAUCGUAAUGGCAAAAUGGAGCCCUGCAUUUUGCCGGAAGUAUUGAUAAUGGAGAGAUGCAGUAUCCUGUUUCAUCCAACUGACUCAUCCCAUCGGGAAAAUCGGAUUUCACAACUUGGCGAGGCUCACUGAGGCUCAGGAAAGCGUAACUAGAAAAGCACAAAGUCAGAAAGGAAACACUUGGCUUGGAUUUCAGUCAUCUUGAAGAUCACCACAAGCCUCCUUAGUAAUGCCAAUACUAACACUACCGAUUCAUUACUUUGUGAGAUUUACAGUGGGGCAAAUAAGUAUUUAGUCAACCACGAAUUGUGCAAGUACUCCCACUUGAAAAUAUUACA